CCUGCGCGCGGUGCCUUUUGGGUACCCGGCGCUGCGUCGCUCUCUUUGGCUCAGGCCCACGCGUCGGCAAGAUGGGCAAGUGCCGCGGCCUCCGCACGGCCAGGAAGCUCCGCAGCCACCGGCGCGACCAGAAGUGGCACGACAAGCAGUACAAGAAGGCGCACCUGGGCACGGCGCUCAAGGCCAACCCGUUCGGGGGCGCGUCCCACGCCAAGGGCAUCGUGCUGGAGAAAGUGGGCGUCGAGGCCAAGCAACCCAACUCGGCCAUCAGGAAGUGCGUCCGGGUGCAGCUGAUCAAGAACGGCAAGAAGAUCACGGCCUUCGUGCCCAACGACGGCUGCCUCAACUUCAUCGAGGAAAACGAUGAAGUGCUGGUGGCUGGAUUUGGGCGGAAGGGCCACGCCGUCGGUGACAUUCCCGGAGUCCGCUUUAAGGUGGUCAAAGUAGCGAACGUGUCCCUCCUGGCCUUAUACAAAGGCAAGAAAGAGAGACCAAGAUCGUAAAUGUCGGUGUCAGAAGUCUAGUAAUAAAUUUUUCAUGUUC